AUGUCUAAUGAACUGGAUAUUGAUGCAAUUAUCGCAAAAUUGCUGGAAGGUUUUGGUCCACGCAAUAUCAAAACCGUAAAUUUGACGGAAGAACAAAUUAGAAUGUUAUGCUUGAAGUCUCGUGAAAUAUUUCUGAGUCAGCCCAUUCUGUUAGAGUUGUCUGCACCGUUAAAGAUAUGUGGGGAUAUUCAUGGACAAUAUAACGACCUGCUUCGCUUAUUUGAUACGGGUGGUUAUCCUCCUGACUCCAAUUAUUUAUUUCUUGGUGACUACGUUGAUAGAGGCAAACAAUCAUUAGAAUGCAUAUGUCUACUUUUGUCAUAUAAGAUAAAGUAUCCGGAGAAUUUUUUCUUGCUACGUGGAAACCAUGAAUGUGCAAGCAUCAAUAGAAUAUACGGAUUUUUUGAUGAAUGCCGUCGAAGAUACAGUCAAAAAUUGUGGAAAACUUUCACUGAUUGCUUCAAUUGCUUACCAAUUGCUGCUAUAAUCGAUGAGAAGAUAUUCUGUUGUCAUGGAGGUCUAUCACCUGAUCUUCAAUCGAUGGAACAAAUUCGUAGGAUUUCUCGACCAACCGAUGUGCCUGAUACUGGUUUAUUGUGCGACUUACUCUGGUCUGACCCUGAUAAGGACUGUAACGGAUGGGGAGAAAAUGACCGUGGCGUAUCUUUUACAUUUGGAGGCGAUAUUGUUACAAAAUUUUUAAAUCGACAUGAUAUGGACUUGAUAUGUCGCGCUCAUCAGGUGGUUGAAGAUGGCUAUGAAUUUUUCGCUAAAAGACAACUAGUUACACUGUUCUCUGCUCCGAAUUAUUGUGGGGAAUUUGAUAAUGCUGGAGGAAUGAUGAGCGUUGAUGAAACCUUAAUGUGUUCUUUCCAUAUACUUAAACCGUCUGAUAAAAAGGCGAAAUAUCAAUACAGUGGAAUAAAUGCUAGACCAGGAACACCCAAGCUUGGUAAAUUAUACAAGAAGUAA